AUGGAACUUCUUUGCUUCGAGGACAAAGUCGUGAGAGCCCAAAUUGACCCCAACAUUCUCUAUGACGACAGAGUAUUGCAAAGUCUGCUAACCAUUGAAGACAGGUUUCUACCGCAAUGUUCGUAUUUUAAAUGUGUCCAGAAGGACAUUCAGCCACACAUGAGGCGAAUGGUUGCAGGAUGGAUGCACGAGGUUUGUGAGCGUUUUUAGCCUACAUGUGCAUUGAUCAGGUAUAUUGCUGCUUGAAGGCAUGUGUGCAUUGGUCAGGUAUAUUGUUUGAAGUCAUUUACUUCCCUCACUCUAAUAAGUGUGCCUUGUAUAAUACGAUUUGAUUUCUCUAAUCCAAAUAACAACAGGGGUGUGUGUGCGUUUUUGUGUAAGCAUGUUGCAAGUUGCUCAUAGGCGCAUGUUCUAAUAACUCUGUAAUAAGGUUGUGUAUUUAUUCAGAUGGUUUAUUAAAGUUUCAUAGCAUGGUUGUUUUGAGAGCUGACAUGCAUGUCGUGUAGCCGAAUUUUUACAAUUUAAUUCACUGAGAAAUGACCCAUGCAAUGCGUUGUGGUGCUUCGGAAGUUCCACCAGGCUAGCUAAAGUCAUCACCAUGCAUUUAAGUUCGCGGAAUGUCAACAUCUUGGAUUGUAUUGGUUAUGGAAUCAGUCAAAUGAAAGAAGACAUUCUAAGCUUCAUUUUCAUGUUGAAUCUAUCCAAUUCGAACGUUCUGAAUAAUUAUGACCAUUUUUGGAAAAUAUUAUUUCCAGUUCUUGCUGCCUCAAAACAGCAAGCACGCACAGGCUACUUUCGUUUUUUGCAAUUAUAAACCUUUAUCGAAGACAAAUUAUUCUCACAAUUUUCGGGAAUGGUUUAGGAAUGGCUUAUGAACAUUACGCAUACAAUUUCCCUGCUGUAGCUAAUUUAUUUAUAUUAGUAAUUAUUUUUUGAAAAUAUGUCGGACAUGGCGAAAUGAGCAGCGUGGGUGUUUGGCUCAUGACUUCCGCUACAGGCUAUAAUGAAUGAGAGCCUUUUGAUAUACUUUGAUAUUUAAGCUUUUAAUGCGGAUCCACUGACUGAAUAUCGACAACAUAGAUCACAUUUGGUUUUCCCAUCAUGCACAUUUUGAAAUUCGAUAUUUUCUUGUUUCUGCAGACAUUAAUGUAAAUAUUGAUAUAAUAAUAAAAAUAGUAGGCCUAAUAUAAUAAUAAUUUCUCUCCCACCAGGUUUGUGAAGAGGAGAAGACUGAGGAAGACGUUUUCCCCUUGGCUAUUAAUUAUUUGGACAGAUUUUUAGCGGUGGUGCCCACUAGAAAGUGUUAUUUGCAACUUCUAGCAGCUGUAUGCAUGUUCCUUGCAACAAAGUUAAAGGAGAGUCGUCCAUUAACUGCAGAAAAGCUGUGCAUGUACACAGACAACUCCAUCACACCAAGGGAGCUGCUG